AUGGGUGUACAGCUGCUUACGCUGGAACACUUAGACAGGAGUAAUUUGUUGGGAAUGGGACCAAAUUAUGAUAAUGAUUAUGGCGACGAUGAUGACAGUGUCAGGUGGGACUCUGUAUUUGGCCCACACAUCUACAGUCUGAACAUCUGCAACCCCCUAUCCUAUAAGGUCCAUGCUCUAUUAGAAAGAAACUUUUGUAAAGCUCUUGAAACUGUUGGGCUAUCUCUCAUGAAACUGGUGGUGGUUGGAGCAGGUGAUGUUGGGGAAGCUGCACUGACAAUCCAGCUCAUCCAGAACCACUUUGUAGAUGAAUAUGAUCCCACCAGAGAGGAUUUUUAGUGAACACAGGUGGUUAUAGAUGGUGAAACCUGUCUGUUGGAUAUACUGUAUACAACUGGUCAAGAUGAGUACAGUGCCAUGACAGACCAAUACAAGAGGACAGGUAAAGACUUCCUCUGUGUAUUUUCCAUCAAUAAUAAAUCAUUUGCAGUAAUUAAUCUCUACAGGGAACAGAUUAAGCAAUUAAAAGACUCAGAGGGUGUACCUAUGGUGUUAGGAGGAAACAAGUGUGAUUUGUCAACAAGGAUAGUUGAAAGAAAACAAGCUCAUGAACUGGCCAAGAGUUAUGGGAUUCCACUCACUGAAAACUCAACCAAGACUAGAAGGUUGUUGAAGAUGCCUUUUUGUACACUGGUGAGAGAAAUAUGUAAGUAUCAAAUGAAGAAACUCAAUAGAAAUAAUGAUGGGACUCAAGGUUGUACGGGGUUACUAUGCAUGGUGAUACAACAAAUGCUUUUAAAGUUACGGCUGCAAAAAAGAGCCACUGUCUAG